AUGAUUUUGGAUUUAUUGUAAGAUAUAAGUGAAUUUUGUAAUUAAAUUUAUGAUUAAAGUUAAUUUGUGUUACUAAUUAAAGAUUCUAAACCUUUAGAAAGUAAGGUAUUAAAUGAUACUAUAUUAUUUUAGAUUCAGAAAUAGAUUGUGUUAUUUCUUGUAAAUACUACCCUAGGUAAACUAUAAAUCAAUUACUGUAUCAAAUAGAGGCUCUCAGAACUGUGUAAAUUGGUUACAAAUAUGUCAUUGGUGACCAUAAAAUCUUAAUUAUUAAAUGACAGAAGAAAAUUCAGUGGGUAAGAAAUAACAGCAGUGAAAUAUUUUCACUUAUUAAAAUUAACAUACUUUUAUACCGUCGACAAAUCUUUAAAUCGAGCUUUUUUGUAUCUUAUAGUAAGUGCAAAAUUGAGUAACAUAAAGUUUCUGCCUGAUUGA